ACCGACUUGUACAGUAGUCCCGGACCCUUUUUCCCCUCAAGAGGUUGUGAUUGGUCAAGGGCUAGCCUGUCUGAACGCAAACCAGAUCCGAUGAGCAACAAGAACGACGACAGCUGAACUCAACAGAGUAGAAAGACAGCGGCCCCACACAGACUUGCACAGUUCAGUCAUUCAUUUGAAGGGUGCCUUCGGACAAAACCGUUUGCUGUUCAAGCUCAGCGUCGAAAAACUUAGAGUGGCUGCUUGAUAGGGAGGGUGUGAUGAGGACUGGCUGGCCCCUCCUUGCUGCAGGGCUGUACUCAGUGCUGUCCCAGGUAGUUCUGGUCCGAGGCUGUAUGGACUCCUGUAAGGAAUGCUCAGGGCCUCAGAAUGACCUGUGUCUGGAGUGCAGAACAGGCUGGACCCUCCAUGACAACACAUGUGUAGACAUAGAUGAGUGUGGCACAGAGCUGGGCCAGUGUCCCCCCAACACCUACUGCUUCAACACAGAGGGCAACUAUCAGUGCAAAGGCUGUGACCAGGCCUGUGUAGGCUGUAUGGGUGCUGGGCCAGCUCGCUGCAGGAAGUGUGCUGCAGGCUACAGACUAACCGGAGCAAAGUGUUUAGAUAUAGAUGAAUGCAGUGAGCGGGUUCUGGCGUGUUCAGGGCUGGAUGAGAUCUGUACCAAUUUGGAUGGUUCUUUUCACUGUGACUGUGCUGAAGGCUUCACACGCAAAAACAACGUCUGUGUGCAGAAAAAGCUACCCAGUGGUGUGGGUGAGAAGGGUCUGUUUGAGGACGUCCAGGAUGAAGAGGUUGAGGUUCUACAGCAGAUGUUCUUUGGGGUGCUGCUCUGUGCUCUGGCCACCCUGGCUGCUAAAGGAGACAUGGUCUUCACCUCCAUCUUCAUGGGUGGAGUGGCGGCCAUGGCUGGUUACUGGCUCAUAGACAGGGGAGACCACGUAUUGGACAGCUUUCUGAAGGGACGCUAGAACUACACUGCUAUCAAGGACUUAUUACUAUAACCUGUUGGUAUGCACAGUGAUUUGGCAAACUGUCAACGAAAAGUCUUCAUUACUCUGGUCCACCCUCCUGCUUCUCUUCGGAACUCCUUCAAGACUGUUGGAAAAGCAUUCCUCGUGAAGCUGGUCGAGAGAAUGCCAAGAGUGUGCAAAGCUGUCAUCAAGGCAAAGUGUGGCUAC